CUGCGACAUCGAUCAAUGGAAGUGCCAACUUUGUCACAGUUCAAGCUACUCCUAAAAAGAGAUCAUGUCUUUCGAGAUUACUUCAACACGUUUUUGAGCUUACCUAUAUUUCCCAGGAGGGUAAAGUAUGUUGUGGAAACAGAGUCGUUUGAGAUUGAUCCAACGCCUCGGUCCCAGCACAUUUCUGACAGAGAAGAGGUGAUGUCAUGGUUGCACACUCACCGGCUUCCUCUGUUCUGGAACUGCCAUCUUCUCUAUGAGUAUGCCCUCUGUCUGGAGCUCUCAAAAAGCAGUGAUAAUGGUGAAAGUUGUCGUGGCGUGUGUGGAGUGAAAGAGAUGGGACAGUUCCGCUAUUUCCUCCGCGGGACUGAAGGAGAGAGGAGCUGCCAGUUCUGGAUGGACGUCCAAUUACUGCUACAGAAGCUGCACACUGGGCAGGUCCAGGAGACUCAUAUGGCUCGGUUCAUUGGUCACGUUCGGAGACAUUACAUCAGCGACGGGGCCCCUUUUGGUCUUAGUCCAGACAUCAAGAACAAACUGAAAAAGGAGUUCUGCUACCUGCAUCGCCACACCUCAGGAAAUCAUCUUCACAGCAGUCACUCCAGACAAGUGCAAAUCCUCGUGGAGGCCCAAAAGCAGGCAAUUGUCAACCUCAGAGUCUACUGGUACAAGAUGUAUGAGGAUAUUGCAAGAAGCAGCAAGUAUUCAUUCUCUAAAGUUGAGGCAAAAGAGAUGGCUGAAGAAGAAAGAUUAAGUUAUUCUCCAAGUCUUCCUGUCAUUGCUAGUGACAGGAGAAAGUCAGAGUUCUGUCAGCAGUUUGAAAAAUCCACCGUGAAGCUUCCUCAAAUUAACAAAAGAGAGAGAAAGAAGCAUCACUUGUCCACUGAAAGAAUGCGCAGGGUAGCUACAAAGCCACUGUUCACUCCCAGCACCACUACUCUCUUCCCUCUCUCCCACCUCCACCUCAACCUCUCACCACCACUGACGACCCGUGAUAUUCAACAUCUCGCUCCCUUCCUGACUGGUUCACUGAGAGCUGAUUUCCUUGCCGGCAGCCCUCUUCUUUCACACAUAUCCAGCCACCACAAGGACUCGAGAUCUGCCAACUAUUUGCUGUUCUGGUGGUCAGCCGAGGUGCUCUUCACUAUGGACGAGAUCAGAAGGUGGAGAAAGCCAGUUAAGAACCAGCUAAACCGCUGGGGUAGCUCCUACUCCAACGGGUUAAUCCCGACAGCUACAGAUCCCAAUGAGCUUGUCCAGCUCUUUCUGAGAAAGCGGUCUCCCUAUUCGAUUGAGUUGCCACCUCAGACAAGAGAGGCUCUGGUUCAGUUGCUGCCCAGAGGCCUGGGGCAGAGUCUCCUGCUGUCAGUUCAGGAGUAUGCUGCUCGGCAACUGCUGCAGCCAUGGAAGCAGUUUCUUGCUCACGAUGACAAGGUCUUUAUGAAACACUGUACUGCACUGAAGCUGAUGGGCGGCAAGAAGAGAAAGACCCUGCAAUCCCCAGAUAUUGUUGGAAGUGUGUAUGGAGAUGGGUGUCAAUUGGAAGAUAUGUGGGAGGCUCUGAGGCUGGUUGAGAUUGCCUGGUGUCCAGCCACCGCUUGCCUUCCCUCCCGCACAAAACCAACAAACGCAACCCUCUCCCGUGAGACCAGCGAUGAGAGAAACAGUUUCAAGAACAGCAGCUCCAUUUUUGUGAGGCUGACAGACCUGAUCGGGAUUCCGCUGGAUCAUCCGCUCACCACUGUUUCUGACACAAUGAAGAGGAGCUUCAAGCGAUCUGUGAACACCGUUCUCUCGGUCACCACGCCUCAACACUGCAGCAAACCUUGCGGCAACCAGCAGAUGACUAAGAAGAAAUUUAUACCUGGGAGUCUGAAGGAGAUUGUGAAGGAUUGCGAGCAGCUGAGAGUGUUUCGGGAGUUUCUGGCUGCGCAGGGGCACGGCGGUGAGGUCCAGCUGCUGUUCUGGCUGGCCGUGGAAGACCUCAGAGAAACCUCCACCAACUCUAGAGCCUGUCCAAGGAAAAUGGAGAGAAUCGUCAAAUAUUUCCUCAAGAGCAGCAACACAAAGAAAGUUCUGCAGUGUCCAGAUUCAUUGGUUGACGCAGAGUUUGGCCCCGGCCUUACUGGGCUACUGGCCUUCCAGUCGGUGGUGGGGGAGAUGAUAGAGAGACGCUGGUUUGGCCGCUACAUUGCUUCGCUCACCGUCGAAGAGAGUCACAGUAAAGAGGAGGAGUGUGGGGACCCAGAGCAGUCUCAGAGCAGGAAGACACCCGUCUGCAUCGAGCACACGAGGGAUUUGUGGAGGACGUUUGCCCACGGAGUCAUCAGUUUCAGACGAGGCCUCAUGGACCUGGAGACUGCAGAAGACUUCAAGAGCUACCUGAGAGAGGAGGUGGUGAGGGGGAGCAGUGGGAGCCACAAGAAGAUGGUUGGGACAAAGGUGGUGUAUGUAACGAAGCUGCUGAAUGACCUGUCAUUCUGGGCCGAGGUGGAGCGCUACAAGGACGUCGCAGACGUCGUGAGAGCCGCCAAAAGGGGGCGGAGCCACACACAAGAAGACAACAUCAUGAUCUACAAGAAGGCCCACGCCAUCAUCAACUGCUUCAUUGACUCUGCCGUCAUACCGAGAGUACAGGUCAACAUUCCCAAUGAGCUGGUGCAGUACAUCCUGGACUGUGCCUCACAGGGACAAAUCUCUCGCGGCCUCUUCCACGAGGCAGCUCUCAGCAUCUUCUCCACACUCAUAGUCUACUGGAGAAAGUAUCUGGCUAUUCGUGACACACGCAAAAAGGCAGAGGGCGGGGCUCCCUGCUCUCAACCACACCCACUGUCUCCGCCCAACUACCACACCCAGCAACUACCCGGACUGCAGAAGGUGGCUGCCACCUUUGACCUCUACCCUUCGGAGAAUCACCCCAUUUUUAUUGAUGUAGGUCCAACUCUGGCCUUCUCUCUGACUGAUGGUCUGCACUGGGUUCAGCCUUCCCACCUCCGCCAGCAGUUUGACCUGGCCCCCACCUUCCUCCCUCGGAAACUCCUCCCCUUCCUCCGCCCACCUCCGACCCAG